CAUUGGGAGGGAGAAGGGAUAUAAAUAUUAAUUCACAUUUUACGAACCAUGUACAAACCAGAGAAAGUAAUGGUUCACAUAUGGAAGAGUUUGUAGCACGAGAAAUGGUUCUUGAUUCCAAUGAAUUAAAUUUACAAUCACAGCAGUUACACGAAGACUUGAUGCGCCUCAAACAACAGCAGCAGCUGCAGAAACAGAUGCUGAUAGACCAUUUUAAUAAACAGCAGCAAGAGUUGGCUAAACAACAUGAGAAACAAAUACAGGAACAUUUGCAGACACAAAGGAUACUGCAGUUGCAGAAAGAGAAAGAGCUGUUAGAACAACAGGCAAGGCUUCAAGAGCAGCAACGGAGAGAUCAAGAAAGACAGCGGCAAGAACUUCUGAUGAAGAAGAAGGAUAAGCCUGAAGGGCAUGGAAGUGCUAAUGCAUCCAGUGAAGUGAAACAGAGGUUACAGGAAUUUGUACUCAGUAAAAAACAACGUGAGGCUGCAGCAAAUAUGAAUCAUUCCCCGCCACAUCCUUUUAGAAAUUGGGCUGUUCAUCAUAGUUCAUUGGAACAUCAUUCUCCACCACACAGUGGUGUAUCACCUCCAUAUCAGCAUACAGUACUCGGCCAGUAUGAUAAUACAUUUCCACUCAGAAAAACCGCAUCUGAUUCCAACCUGAAAGUGCGGUCGCGUUUGAAAGAAAAAGUAACUGAACGACGGAGCAGUCCAUUGUUGAGGCGGAGAGAUGGUCCCUGCAGUUUGAAACGCAAACCUUUAUCAAUUGACACAACCUUAUGUAAUAGUGCACCCGGUUCAGGUCCUAGCUCACCUCAGAGUGGUGGAGUACCUGCUACAUUGGAUAAUGGUGGUAAUGGCAAUUCACCUGUCAUGUCUGCAGAGCAUGAUCUUGGCAGUUAUCCAUUAAUGAUGAAGAAAAUGUUAGGACCAAAUGAGGUCAAUUUAUACACUUCGCCGUCACUGCCUAACAUCUCUUUAGGAUUACCAGCUUCAGCUUCAGCUACUUCUACACAUACUCCACAACCAGUCACAAGUACAAUAACUCAAUCUGCUGCUCAGGCAGGUAUUAGUAAUGAAGUACUAUUAGCAUCAAGGUUAGGGAACCCAUUAGCUGCUGGUCAUGUUUUACAGACUGGUUAUUUUGCACCAUUGUCUCAUGGUGGUAAUGGUGAUUUAAAUAAUUCGUUUCCGCCCACCAAUCCAGCUUUUGUCCAGGCCCAAUUAAAAGCCCUAGAACAAGCAGGUAUUGCUGCACCACCAAUCAACCCAUUGAUUGCAACUGGUCUUGGAACCACCGUCCAUCCUCAUACACUGAGUGGCAUUCCUGUGGCUGAUAGCAACACUACUGCAGGGAUCAGUAGCGGACUAGUGGCCCAUGCUAGAUUAAUACGAUCCGGUCACAGGCCCCUAGGCAGAACACAAUCUGCCCCUUUACCAACAAGCCAGCAUAUACAACAAUUCCAGCAACAACAACAGAUGUUACUUCAACAACAGCAUCAACAGUUUUUACAAGAGAAACAAAAAUACAUACAGAUGCAGCAACCGGCACUUUUAAAGCAAGUGCAAAUGCGAAAGCAGUUAAGAAGAGAAAACCAUGUGGAGGAGAGUCCGGAAGAAGCAGAGGAAGAUGCAGCAGCCGCAGCGCAGGAUGCUGAGAUGAAAGACACUCCAGUGUCGCCAACGGUUACCAAACCUCCAGUCAUUACAGACUCUAGAAUAUCACCAAGUCAUUCAAGUCAGGAGAAUCGGUCCUCACCGCCACCCCUUCUUCUACAACAACAACAACAGCAUCAUCCCUCAAUGACGACAAUAUCACUGAGUCCAUUAACUGUGGAAAUUAAACAAGAACCUAUUGAUAUUGAUGAAGAGAAGCUGAAGAUGGUGCAUAAGGAACAAGAGGAAAUAGAAAAACAACAUCACUUUGGUAAACUUCGACACGGUCCAACUAAAGCUGCUACAGUGACUGGGUGUAUACCAGUGAAUCCAUUAACGAGGCUAUCGCAUUGUCAUCGACCGCUAUCUCGAGCUCAAAGCUCACCAGCUGCAGCAUCAUUCCAUUUAUCGACAGACUCAUCUCAGUAUUGUCCUGGUGACUCACCGGUCAAACACAUGUUUACUACAGGGUUAGCAUAUGAUAGUUUAAUGCAGAAGCAUCAAUGUACAUGCGGUAAUAAUGCCUUACAUCCAGAACAUGCAGGCAGAUUACAAAGUAUAUGGGCUAGGUUUCAAGAAACGGGAGUUAUUUCAAGAUGUGAGAAGGUAAAAUCUAGAAAAGCCACAUUGGAUGAAAUUCAGACUUGCCAUAGCGAAGGGUACACUUUAUUUUAUGGAACGAAUCCACUUAAUAGACAGAAAAUAGACAGUAAAAAACUUGGUGAGUAAAGGACUUGUAAACUUAAUUUCCGAAAAAGUGUGUUUUAAUUUAUCUCUUGUCUUCAAAUUCAUUUUUAAUCAUCUUCAAUUUGUUUGUUUUUCCAGGCUGUAGGUUGCGUGAUAGAACUUUCAUUUAGAGUAGCCGCAGGAGAAUUGAAGAAUGGUUUCGCCGUAGUGCGACCUCCGGGUCACCAUGCUGAACCAACUCAAGCCAUGGGAUUCUGUUUUUUCAACUCUGUAGCCAUUGCAGCAAAACAACUCAGACAAAAACUGAAAUUAGACAAGAUACUUAUUCUUGACUGGGAUGUCCAUCAUGGUAACUCAACUCAAAAUAUUUUUUAUGAUGAUCCUCAUGUUUUAUACAUAUCAAUGCAUCGGCAUGAUGAGGGCAAUUUCUUCCCAGGAACAGGAGCACCUGAUGAGUGUGGCCAGGGUUCAGGGGUAGGAUUCAACGUGAAUGUAGCAUUUAAGGGAGGAGUGGAAUUACCAAUGGGAGAUGCAGAGUACAUAGCAGCUUUCAGGACGGUUGUGAUGCCAAUUGCCAAGGAGUAUUCUCCAGAUAUCAUACUAGUGUCGUCAGGUUUUGAUUCCGCACUGGGACAUCCACCACCUCUAGGUGGAUAUCAAGUCAGUCCUUCAUGUUUUGGAUGGAUGACUAGACAACUGAUGACAUUAGCAGGUGGUAGGGUGGUAGUGGCUUUAGAAGGUGGAUACGAUUUAGCAGCUAUAUGUGACUGUUCCGAAGUCUGUGCUUUAACUUUACUUGGAGAUGAUGUUGCUCCACUCUCGGAAGAUGCCAAGCACGCUAUACCGAAUAGGAAUGCGUUGGUGUCACUGCAACGAAUAAUCUCAAUUCAGUCUAAAUACUGGGCAAGUGUUCAGCGAUGGAGCAAUACGGUGUCGUAUUCCCUGGUGGAAGCACAGAAGAGAGAGGAGGAGGAGGCAGACACAGUAUCGGCAUUGGCGUCAUUAUCAAUGGGUGUGCAAUCAACAGAUACAGAGGGAUCAGAACCAAUGGAAGAAGAAGACUCUCCUUCAUAA